GAAUCCCGUUGUCGAAGAAGAUUCCCGCCGUGUUGUACAACAGUUGCCAUGAUGAUAUCUUCUCUUUAAUUCACUGUCUCUCUUUCUCUAACACUCAGAGUUGUGACCCACCAACCCCCAACGCCAAAACCAACAUAUAUAUAAGUUAAAACGGUCUCAAAGAGAAAGAAAACAGAAACCAAUACUAAAAAUAAACAGAGCUUCGCGUUUUUGAAUUAAUCAUACUGGAUACUAAUAUGAAAGGGAAAACCGGGAAAGGAAAUUGGAACCUGAGCCUGAUCCUGAAAGCGAACAAGCUAGGGUUACCGUCUGUCAUUCUCUUAUGCUCCUUCUUCUUCCUCGCUGGCUUCUACGCCUCCACUUUCUUCUCUCUGGUCUCUGUGCCGGACAGUUCUGGUGCUAGGCCAAGGUCGAGGCUACUCGAUUCGGUCAACGAGGAGGAGAGCCACUACAAUUUGUUGAACUCUGGAGAGACCGGUGACGAUUCUAUCACUUCAAUUCCCUUUCAGGUAUUGAGCUGGAGACCAAGGGCUCUAUAUUUUCCAAAUUUUGCAACAGCAGAACAGUGUGAAAGCAUAAUAAAAUUGGCCGAGCCGCGACUUAGACCGUCGACAGUGGCUUUAAGACCAGGAGAAACUGCAGAUAACACCCAGGGAAUUAGAACAAGUUCUGGCGUGUUUAUUAGUGCUUCUGAAGACAAAACCUUGGACUUCAUUGAGGGAAAAAUUGCGAGGGCAACAAUGCUUCCCAGGAUCCAUGGAGAGGCAUUCAACAUCUUGCGCUAUGAGAUUGGGCAGUUGUAUAAAUCUCAUUAUGAUGCAUUCAAUCCUGCUGAGUAUGGCCCACAGAAGAGCCAAAGGAUGGCUUCUUUCUUGUUGUAUUUAUCUGAUGUUGACAAGGGAGGGGAAACUAUGUUCCCAUUUGAGAAUGGCUUAAAUAUGGACGGAAGCUAUGAUUUCAAAGACUGUAUUGGUUUGAAAGUGAAGCCACGGAAAGGAGAUGGACUUCUAUUUUAUUCAAUGUUUCCAAAUGCUACAAUUGAUCCGAUGUCACUUCAUGGCAGCUGCCCUGUGAUCAAGGGUGUAAAAUGGGUGGCUACAAAGUGGAUCAGGGAUGAAGAACAAAAUGAUUAAAUAUUUGUACCUGCAAUCUGCUUGUAUUUCUAAAUUUUGUUUUGCCUGAGUAUUUGGCAGCUCUCUUGUAGUAUUAUUAGAGGGAUUAAUUUGAAAUUAAUAAUUUCUCAUGUUACACCAGCCAAUUGGCCCUAUAAAUAAAUGAUUCUUUUAUA